AAGGACCUUCUGACACCGGAAGUGAAUGUCUGUUGACCCGGAGACGGAAGUGCGGUGUGUAGAGUGCCGAAUUGAUGGUGGAGAGAGCGGGCAAGACGAGGCAGAGGUAGCCGGAGAGGUUACCCUUUUAUUUUAUUUCUCGGUGGGGGAAGGUAGGAGAACUCAGGAGCCAUGGGGCGGAGAUCCACGUCUUCCACCAAGAGUGGGAAGUUCAUGAACCCCACCGACCAAGCCCGAAAGGAGGCCAGGAAGAGAGAGCUGAAGAAGAACAAGAAGCAGAGAAUGAUGGUGAGGGCAGCGGUGCUGAAGAUGAAAGAUCCCAAACAGAUCAUCAAAGACAUGGAGAAACUGGACGAGAUGGAAUUCAACCCCGUCCAGCAGCAGCCGCAGCUCAACGAGAAAGUCCUUAAAGACAAGAGGAAGAAGCUGCGGGAGACGUUCGAGCGAAUUCUACGUCUGUAUGAGAAGGAGAACCCCGAGACCUACAAAGAGCUCCGCAAGAUAGAGCUGGACUACGAGCACAAGAGGUCCCAACUCAGCCAAUACUUCGAUGCCGUCAAGAACGCUCAGCAUGUGGAGGUGGAGAGCAUUCCUCUGCCGGACCUUCCUCACGCUCCUUCCAACAUUCUCAUCCAAGACAUUCCUCUUCCCGGGACUCAGCCGCCCUCCAUUCUGAAGAAGACCUCCGCUUACGGACCUCAGGGGCGUGGCGUAUCUGUGACCUAUCCACCAGGGCACGGCGUUCCUCGCUUACCGCCCGGCAAGAAACCUCCUGGGCCGCCCCUAGGUCCUCCCCCACCCCAGGUUCUGCAGAUGUACGGGAGGAAAGUGGGCUUUGCAUUGGACAACAUUAUGAGGAAGAAGGACGACGACGUGAGAUUCAGCCCUGAUGGAGGUGAGCGCGGUCGCCACGACGCCUCCAGUUCCAGCGAAGACGAGGGUUACCCCAACGAGAUGGAACAGGAUAAGGAGGAGGAGGGGAGCAGCGACGAGGACAGCGACAGCCUUGCGUCGGAUGGGGGGCGGGACAGCGAUGAAGGGGAGUACGCACAGCGGGACAGUGAGAAGAAAGCUGCCGCUGAUAAAGGAGGACACAACGCACAUUUCACUGAGUCUUCAGAGAAAACCCAGAGGAAGAUGAAGAAGCCGGUGAAGGACAUCACACCCCUUCAGGCCAUGAUGUUACGGAUGGCAGGUCAGGAGAUGACGGAGGAGGACGAUGACCACGAAGCCGAAGACUAUUCGUCUCCCUCGUCAUCCGAGGACGAGUCUGAGCCGGAGAAUGAGCAGCGGACCAAAGAGUCGAAAGGGGAGGGCGCGGAAUCCAGCUCCUCCUCUGCACAGGGGUCAUCGUCACAGACGCCUGUAACCGCCCUGCCCCCACAGAUGCAGAUGCCGCCAUCCAUAAUGUCGGGACCUCCUCCUCUUGGUCCGCCACCUGUUCCACCACUACGGCCUCCUGGACCGCCUACAGGAAUGCCGCCUGGACCGCCUCCAGGAGCACCCCCGUUCUUGAGACCACCGGGUCUUCGCGGCCCACCACCACGUCUGUUACCGCCAGGACCUCCACCUGGCCGGCCUCCUGGCCCUCCCCCGGGGCCACCUCCAGGCUUACCACCAGGUCCUCCUCCUCGUGGCCCCCCACCCCGCCUGCCCCCACCGGCACCUCCAGGAAUGCCCCCUCCCCCCCGGCCUAUGAUGCGCCCCCCAAUGGUUCCUCCUCCUGGCACCGCUCCCCCCGGCAUUUACCCACCAACCCAGCUGGCAAACCCGGGUGUGCUGAGUGCACCUCCCAGCUUGAUCCAGAGACCCAAAUCGGACGAAAGCGGGGCCACCAUUGAGAAGAAGGCCACCGCGACCAUCAGCGCCAAACCCCAGAUCACCAACCCCAAAGCCGAAGUUACGCGUUUCGUCCCCACCGCCCUCCGCGUCCGCAGGGUGAACAAACCCACCACAGCCGGCGCUCAGUCCAUGAAGAGACACGAGGAGGAAGUGGUGAUGCGGCCGGUGCCCAAACCCGGACCCAAGAUAAUGGGGUCCCACGCGGUGGUGAAAACCAAGGACGAUAUGUACGAUGCGUUCAUGAAAGAGAUGGAGGGGCUUCUGUAAACGCGGAUCUGUUGGUUGUAGUAAAAUGUACUUUUAUGUGGAAGUUUACCCGGCGACAGCAUAUGCGGCGUCGGUUCCGAGAAGACGAAACGCGCAGGGAGCGGCUGUCUGCAGGCCGGGGUGCCGAUGGAAAGAUGAUUCUUAUAUUUUGUCUCUUGACUACUGUGACUUCAUAUUGUGUCCGGCCCGGAAAUCCCAUCAAUCCAUUUCAUGUUUUCUUUUUUAAUGUUCUGAGAGUAAUAAAGUUGUGUGACUUCCGAUAUUUUCACCACCA